UUUGUGAAGAGACGAAGGCAGAGCGGUUGCUGCCGCGUUGCUGACCUCGAGCAGUAGUCGGCUUCUCCACGUAGAACCCGGGAGUAGGAGAUUCAGAAUCGAAUCUCUUCUCCCUUUUCUCACCAGUGAGAUUUUUUUGAUCUUCAGCUACAUUUUGGCUUUGUGAGGAACUUAAUCAUCAAAGACAAUGGCCAGCAAUGUUACCAACAAGACGGAUCCUCGCUCCAUGAACUCCCGUGUAUUCAUUGGGAAUCUCAAUACUCUUGUGGUGAAGAAAUCUGAUGUGGAGGCUAUCUUCUCAAAGUAUGGCAAAAUUGUGGGUUGCUCUGUUCAUAAGGGCUUUGCCUUCGUUCAAUAUGUUAAUGAGAGAAAUGCCCGGGCUGCGGUGGCAGGAGAAGAUGGCAGAAUGAUCGCUGGCCAGGUUUUAGAUAUUAAUCUGGCUGCAGAGCCAAAAGUGAACCGAGGAAAAGCAGGUGUGAAACGAUCUGCAGCGGAGAUGUACGGCUCCUCUUUUGAUUUGGACUAUGACUUUCAACGGGAUUAUUAUGACAGGAUGUACAGUUACCCAGCACGUGUUCCUCCUCCUCCUCCUAUUGCUCGGGCUGUAGUGCCCUCAAAACGCCAACGUGUAUCAGGAAACACAUCACGAAGGGGCAAAAGUGGCUUCAAUUCUAAGAGUGGACAACGAGGAUCUUCUUCCAAGUCUGCAAAGUUGAAAGGAGAUGACCUUCUGGCCAUUAAGAAGGAAUUGACCCAGAUAAAACAAAAAGUGGAUUAUCUACUGGAAAGCCUGGAAAAAAUUGAAAAGGAACAGAGCAAACAAGCAGACUUGUCCUUCUCGUCCCCAGUAGAGAUGAAGAAUGAUAAGACAGAAGAGGAGCAGACCACCAGCUCCCUGAAGAAAGAUGAGACUAAUGUGAAGAUGGAGUCCGAGGGGGGUGCUGAGGAUUCUGCUGAGGAGGGGGACCUACUGGAUGAUGAUGAUAAUGAAGAUCGGGGGGAUGACCAGCUGGAGUUGAUCAAGGAUGAUGAAAAAGAGGCUGAGGAAGGAGAGGAUGACAGAGACAGCGCCAAUGGCGAGGAUGACUCUUAAGCACAUAGUGGGGUUUAGAAAUGUUGUCCCAUUAUUUCUUUAUCUAGGCGCUUGUCUGAGAUCAAAAUUUUCACCAGAUCCUCUCCCUAGUACCUUCAGCACAUGCUCACUGUUCUCCCCAUCUCGUCCCUCCCAUGUUCAUUAAUUCAUAUUGCCCUGCGCCUAGUCCCAUUUUCACUUCCCUUUGAUGCUCCUAGUAGUUAUGUUAAGUCUUAACCCUGUAAUUUUUGCUUUUAAUUUUGAUACCUCUUUAUGACUUAACAAUAAAAGGAUGUAUGGUUUUUAUCAACUGUCUCCAAAAUAAUGUCUUGUUAUGCAGGGAGCACAGUUCUUUUCAUUCAUAUAUGAGUUCAGUAGUUGCUUCCCUAACUGCAAAGGCAAUCGCAUUAGUUGAGUAGCACCUGAGAGCAGCUUUGAGUUAGAGGUAUGUGUUUUAUACCCCAUAUAAGAGUGCUAUGUGGGGCUGUUCAACACAAAUGUAACAAUGUAUUUUUGUGAAUGAGAGUUGGCAUGUCAAAUGCAUCCUCUAGGUAAAUAAUUAGUGUAAUAGUUUUAAGAUUUGUUUUCUAAAGUUGAUACUGUGGGUUAUUUUUGUGAACAGCCUGAUGUUUGGGACCUUUUUUUCUCAAAAUAAACACGUCCUUAUUAAACCAGGAA